GUAGCCGGGCUGGAGCAGUGCGAUGGCAGCGGCGGAGCGCCCUGCGCCCUCGCUCUUCACCUGACACCGCCAGAGCCCGGGGCUCGUCUCCUCGCCAUGGCCGGCCAUUCUCUGCUGACCGUUCCCAGCAACUUUGAAUCCCCACUGAUGUAUGAAGUCUCAGAGCACCAAGUCAGCGGCACAGACAGUUCAGAAAGCAGUUUGGGGAGCUCUGUCACAGCAUGUAAGAAGGUUCUCUGCAGCAACAGUCUACUAGAGUCAACUGACUACUGGCUACAGAAUCAGAGGACACCGUGCCGAAUUGGCUUUGUGGAAGACAAAUCAGAAAACAAAUGUGCUUCAGUUUGCUUUGUGAAUGUAGAUGCAAACAAAGAUGACUGCAGUGAUGAGCACUUAAAACAGAGAUUGAUGAGUGUCUCUCCAAAUCUCCCAAAACUUAUCAGCUCUAUGAAUGUACAACCACCAAAAGAAAACGAAAUAGUCCUGCUGAGUGGAUUAACUUCAGGAAACCUUCAGGCUGAUUUUGAAGUUUCUCAGUGUCCUUGGCUGGCAGAUGUAUGUUUGGUUCAGUGUGCAAGGGGGAACAGAAAAAACAGCAUAGGCUGCAUCAUCUUUGAAAUAAACAAGUUUCUGAUUGGACUGGAGCUUGUGCAGGAGAGACAGCUGCAGAUAGAAACUAAUAUCUUAAAGCCUGAGGAUGAUACAAACUGUUCAGUGUCCUCAAUAGAAGAAGAUUUUCUCACAGCAUCUGAGCACCUUGAAGAUGAGAAUGAGGCUGAUGAAUAUAAAAAUGGUCAUGAAAAUGUACAUGUCACAGAACCUGCAUUAGAUAUCAGAAAGCAUAAAGGAAAGGGACUUGAGCACCUACAUUAUAGGAAGACCACGCUGCCAUUUGCCCUUGAUGACAACUGCUUUAAUAAAGAAAACUUAGCUUCUGCUAAAAACUCUGCUGAUUCAGAAGACGCACUGAAUAUUGUGGCUGAAGACAGUAUCUUACAAACUGUGGAUAAGUCCAUCCAGCAACUACAGUGGAAGAAUGAUUUAGCUGGAAGAGUUAGGUCAUCCCCUAAUACUAAUAGCCUGGAAAGAUCCCUUACAGAUAAGACUGAAAAUUCCUAUCCAGUAUGCACUUCAGAAGGUGUAUCUUUGACCAGAAUGGCUAAGGAAGAACUAGCUUCUCAGUGUGUCACAAUAGCAAAACAAAACAAUAAGCUAGACACAGAGGAGCAUACAGGUGAAAGGAAACCUCAUCUUCCUUUGCAAAAUGAGCAAGCAACGACAGGUCAAUAUGCUACAAAUUUAGCAGAGUCUGUUCUGCAAGAUGCAUUUAUUAGAUUGUCCCAGUCUCAACCCACUUUUACCAGGGAGGCUGCUAUUAGCAUCUCUGUAGGAAACUCCUUAAGUUCAGCAACUUGUACAACAGAAGACAUAACCUCCCAAUCAUGGAAUGAACUUCCAAAAAUUGUCAUAGUUCAAAGUCCAGACAGCUGUGAAAAUACAUCAGAAUGGCCUGGGUCUGGUUUCCCAAAUCUGUGCCAUUGGUCUGAAUCAGAAAGUUCUGCUGAAAUUUCAGAUUACCUGCAGGAAGAGAAUUCCAAAGGACACACCCAGAGUGCACUGGAAGUAGCUUUGGCUUGUGCAGCCACAGUUAUUGGAACCAUUUCAAGCCCCCACGCUGCAGAAAGACUCAAAAGAGAACAAGAAGCCACAGACUCUAAAACCAAAACAGUUGAUAAUGAAGAGGAACAGAUAAAAUCUUCACGAGUACUUGAUAACUGUGCAGAUACAGAAUAUUCAUUUCCAUCUGCUUUGUGUGGUAUGACUCAAGUAGCAAGUGCUGUAGCAGUCUGUGGUCUUGGUGAAACAAAGGAAGAUAAAUACCCUGCAACUUCAAGUGGACUCUUAUCGGCAGCUGAGACUUCUGCAGCUAUUACCCUUCAUUGUAGUAUAGCCAUAGGAAGCAGCAUGGAGAAGUUGAACAAGAGCAUUGCAGAGGCAUUGCUCAAAGAGGCAUCCAUGAUUUUGACAAAGCCCAAUAUAUACAGAAAUGUAGGGGACUUUAUUGAGUCCAUAAAUGGAAGAAUUAUUGAAACAGCAACAAGGCCUCGGAUUUCACCCUUAGAUGAAGUAAUUUGCGAUGAACUCGCACAAAAUGUAUCAAAUGUUAUUCUGCGGCAUUCUAUGGAAGAAGUUAGGAAGAAAAGACAGCUACAUCCUGGUUCAGGCAAUAACUCAGACUUCAGUACACACGACAUGUUUAUGGAGACUGCCAAUGAACUGCUUUUUAAUGUGAUAUAUUUCACUUGCAAGAAGAUGAGAGAGAUUGCACAGGUUGGUGAGUGUUCACUUCUCUUCUCUGAGGACAAAGACAGAUGGAGGGUAACAGAAACAGAAAGCCACGCAACACAGACAACAGCUACUCAACCAUCACAGCAAGCCCCAGAUCACACCAGUGAACCACUUAGUACUUUUUACAGUGCUAAUGCUGGCAAAGAUCUUGUAAAUUUGACAAAUACAAAGAAAGAUAAGGAGGAAGGUGUGCCAAAUACCAUGGAAAGUGCCACGCUGCAUUCAGACCUGCUGUGUGGUGUCAGUGGGCAUAACUCACUGGUUGCCAAAACAUCCCCCAAGAAAAGAUAUCUGAAAAGAGCCACAAGAGAUUGCUACAGAUCCCCAUAUCAAAGCAAGACUGACCUCAGGUCUUUUUCAGACAGAGAAAACACACUUACAGUCAAUGAAUGCAGACAUGGUUUUCAAGAGCAGUUAUCUUCUGAUGUCAUUGUGAACACAGAAAACCAGAGCAAACAUAAGUGUGAUACUGUGCUAAAUAAUGAAGUCCAAGUUAGUGUGUCUUUAUUAGGUAAUCACAUCUUGCUUCCUUCUCAGCCUGUGCUACAGGUAAAACAUCCAAGGGAUACAUACUGUGUAACAGAUUUUGCAGAAGAAUUAGCAGAAACCGUGGUCUCCAUGGCAACAGAAAUAGCUGCCAUUUGUCUUGAAAACUCAAAUGGUAAGCAACCCUGGUUCUGUGCAUGGAAAAGAGGAAAUGAAUAUCUGGUGACCCAGAGUUUAUCAUGCAGAACUAUUAAAAGGAAGAAGGAAUCGCAGCCGAAUGGCUCAGUUGUUAGGAAGCACAGGCCACCUAGACUGAGUGAGAUCAAAAGGAAAACAGAUGAGCAUCCAGAACUAAAGGAAAGACUGAUGAACAGAGUAGUGGAUGAAUCCAUCAACCUUGAAGAUACUCCAGAGUCUGUCAGUAUCUUUGCAAAUGAAGUGGCUGCUAAAAUUAUGAACCUAACCGAGCUAUCCAUGGUUGAUAAUGUCUGGCAGGGUCCAAACCAUCCCAGAAACAGAUUGCACUGUGAAAGAUGGGGCCGUGCCAAGGGGUCCAGCUGUGAGAGCAUACCAGAAGAGGAUUCAGAUUCCAAAAGGUCUAUAAAUACUUUGGGCCCAAUUAAUAUUUUAAGUCAGCCGGGAAGCCAGACUAGUUCUGUCUCUAAGCAGUCUAGUUGUGAAAGUAUUACAGAUGAAUUUUCAAGAUUUAUGGUGAACCAGAUGGAAAAUGAAGGGAGAGGGUUUGAUUUAUUACUGGACUACUAUGCAGGAAAAAAUGCAAGCAGCAUUCUAACUUCUGCCUUGCAACAGGUAUCCAGGAAAAGCGGCCACCUCAACGUGAGACCAAGCUGCCCAUCCAAACAGUCUAGCACAGAAAGCAUCACAGAAGAGUUUUAUAGGUAUAUGCUAAGGGAAAUAGAAAAGGAAAAUAAAGAUGACGCUUCUUCCAUCAGGAGUUCAAAGGAGUGGAGUGGAAGCUUGUUACCACCUUCUCCACGAUCACCGUUUUGUUUUAGACAAUCCUCUAUGCCUGACAGCAGAUCAUCAGGUUCCAGGCUAACAGUGAAUGCACCAGUCAAAGCAAAAUCUUUAGAUGGCUUUGCUCACAACAGCCACCAGGAUUCCUUAAGUGUACAGCAGGUCAGCACUGUGUCUUCUUCAGGUCUUUGCAAGUCAGACUCAUGCCUAUACCAAAGAUGUAGGACUGACCAGGUGACAGACAUGCUGAUUCAUGAGACAUGGGCAAGCUCAAUUGAAUCUCUAAUGCGUAAGAACAAGAUUAUAGGGGAUGAGGCAGAGGUUACAGAUGCUGAUCAAUUCCCCAGUGAUUCCCCACUGCAUGUAGAACAAUAUGCAAACAGACUGGCUGCAAAUAUUGUUGAAAGUGGGAAAACGUUAAUUGUCAUCCAUCAAGAUUCCUUUGACUAUACAAACCGGGAACACGUAGCAGAAGGCAGAUCUCUCCCAAGUGUGACCCAAAGUCAGUCUAAACCCACAAGGGACAGAAUAAAUUUAGAUGGGAAAAAAGAACAACUCACAACCCAUGGAUCCCUCCAGGGAAGCCAUGUAGGCUCUUCUGCUUUCCUGAGGGAAGUGCCUUUGAUUCAGAUAGAAACUGAUCAAAGAGAAGAGCUGAAUAAAGACUUAGAGCCCUUAACUUCUAGUAUCAUCCCCGCUGGGGAAACAAAGGAGCAUCUGAAUAAAGAAAAACCUCCAGCAGCAUAUUCUGGGAAGCACAUGGUUCCAAGCUCGGUGAUAAAUACCAGUGUUGAUACUAGAAGCAAACCAGAUGCUGAAAUCAUGGUGGAAACAAAAACAGCUGAAGACUUUCCGAAUCCUCUCAACAGCAGCGAUGAAAGCACAGGCAGCUGGUCCCAGCUAGUUAACGAUGAGGACAAUCCUGAUGAUACAAGUAGCUACUUGCAACUCAGUGAGAGAUCCAUGAGCAAUGGCAACAGCAGUACCACUAGCAGUCUUGGCAUUAUGGAUCUGGAAAUUUAUCAGGAAAACAUGCCCUCUUCUCCUAUGAUUAAUGAAUUAGCAGAAGAAAAGGCUUUCCUUGAAGAACAGCCAGAGAACGUAGAGGCGACUGCUCUUUCAGAAAGCACUUCUGGACUAUCAGAGGAAACAGCCAAUUGUCAAAAAGACCUACUGGUGAUAAACUUUGACCUGGAGCCAGAGUGCCCGGAUGCAGAGCUACGAACCACUCUUCAAUGGAUAGCUGCUUCUGAACUUGGAAUACCAACCAUCUAUUUUCAGAAAACUCAGGAAAACAGAAUUGAAAAGUUUCUAGAUGUUAUGCGGUUAGUUCACCAGAAGUCCUGGAAAGUGGGUGAUAUCUUUCAUGCGGUGGUACAAUACUGCAAGCUACAUGAGGAAAGCAGAGAGAGGACACCUAGCCUCUUUGACUGGCUUCUCGAAUUGGGAUAAGAAACCUCUUAAAUGUUUGGCAUUUUCAUUUUAAUCCAGCUUAAGUGGCAGUGGUUUGUGUAAUGCUCUAAUUUUCAAACAUCAGUGCAUAAAACAAGCAGAGAUAUAGAAACUCUGCAGACAGUGCACACAACUGUACACUGAGCAAAGUGAAAUUAAGGUGCACCAUAUACUGUUAUAUCAUGUGGGGGAACUUUGACAUAUUGUACUUUCGGAUGUACUGUAUUAGGAAAGGAUGGGUUUUUGCCUUUAAAGUGAACGGAUAAUAUGAAGGAUAGAUGAAAAUAGGAUAUAUUUCUAUAAUCAAAUAUUCUAUUAAUAUCGUUUGAUUAUUUCAAUCAACUAAAAUAGAAUUAUACACUAACAACAUUCAGUUUUUAAAACAUGAAAAUUUGUACAGGUUAACUAUUAGAACACUAGUGUUUUCCAGAUGGACAGCCAAAUGAAUGCUUAGGAGGAUGUGCAUCUUUAGAUAAAUAAUAUAGAUAUCUAAGUAUUUUUUAAAAUCCUCACCGUGUCUAAAGGGGUAGAAGACUUUGAGCUAUUAGACCUUUACAGGUAGACGAUACAACAACCUGCUGAAAAUGCAUUAUAAUUUCCGCAUAUGAGGCCAUUUAUUUCUUCUCCAUAGCCUUUCACCAUUCUUGUGUUUUUCUGGAGGAACUGAAAUCCAGACUCUCAAAUAUUACUCUUUAAAAACAUUCUGAUUCCUUUCCAUUUUAAUCAGAGGCAGUUUGGACCAGUGGAUAAUCAGAAGAUAUGGGUUCAAUCCCAGCUCUGACCUGCUAUGUCACCUUGGGCAAGUCACAUCACCUCUGUGCCUCAGUUUCCCUAUCUGUGAAAAGGGGGUGAUGACAGUUACUUUCUUAUGAAAGUAUCUAAUGCUUUAAGAUCUAUGGAUAAAGAAAGAGCAUAUUAUAUGAUUUUAGUCUAAUUAAAUUGAUUAUUAAAAAGAAAAAUCAACUGAACAUAGUCCUACCUGAAAAACUGAUUGUAUUGUCAUACAUAUGCCUAAACUUUAAUUUUGUUUUUGUUACUUACAAGAAUACAAAAUGAGUCUCAGCACAUAUAAGCAUAUGUUUACCUUAAGGCUACCUGCUCAUUUUGGAUAUAUAUGUUUGGAAUACAAAUGAUAGUUCAUGUUAUUACAGUAACAUUGAUAUAACUACGGUAGACUGCUGUUGAGAAGAACAGUUAGUAUUAUACACAUAAUUAUAAAUUCUCUUGACUCUGCCAAAGAGAUUGGAUUUUAAUUUAAAGGGGAAAAAAAGUUUAUUGCAGUAAAGCUCCUAUUGUUUGAAUUUCACAUAUACUGUGAUUUGCUUCUUUGAAAACACAAACAUUCAUUUUUUGUUUUCCCCUACACUAAAUGAUGUAAUUGAAAUUCUACCUAUAUUUCCCUAAAAAAAUGAUUUGAAAGACCAUUUAUUUUCCUUAUAUCGGUAUAUGCUUCUGUAAUUUUUCCUGAAAUAAUUAUCCUUUUGCACUAGAUAUUUUUGAAAAUUUUGAAAUAGUUUUAAAUAAAUUAUGAAAAAGAGCCAUACUAUCAGUGUUACCACCAUUAAAUCCAUUUCCACACUGUCACACUCAUUUGUUAGGGAAAAAAUUUGUCAGUGAAUCGACAUCUAUAUCCAUGUGAUAAAGGUACAUGGCUAACUCUACAUUUACUCUACAGUAUACACAAAACAGUAAAGAUCCCUUUACUGCCAGUAUAAAGGUUGAUCUACUGUAUACACUACAUUUAACUGUACAGCUAUUGGCCUGUUCCUGAGAAGUGCUGAAGCUCCACAGCUCCUAUUGAUGCCAGUGGAAGUUGUGGGUACUCAGCAUCUCUGAGAGGCUGAUUGUUAACAACGUAAGUAUUGAGUGUUACAGAUUGAAGGUACUUUGUUCUAAUAAAUGGGAAAAGGUAUUUAUUUUUAGACCAAAUCCAGUUAGUUGUCAGUAUACGAACUUUUGCUGUGCUAGAAUAAAUGUUUACUUACCCUACAAAGCACAACUAUCAUGACUGGGUUGUAACAGUGUGAUGAAGUGACUUCUGUACAGUAGUUCUUUAUGUUGCAAAUCUAAUCAGAAAUAAAUUUGUGUUACAGUAUGUGUCCCCUUUGCCUUUCUAAAAGGUGUUGAUGUGAUUUUAUUGCAUAUUGGAAAUGGAAACUGUGUAAUACAUUUUAUUUGACCAACUAAACAAUAUUCAUGACAAUCAUUUAGCCUUCCCAAACCUGCUUUUGCUGAAUGCAAUGUCUCAGAACAGGUCCUUACACCAAAGGCAGCGAUGGAAGUUGAGGUCACUCAUCACCUGAAAGGCUCAUGCCCUUAGUUUUAUUUAUUUAUGGUCUAAUUUUCAAAAGGGCUGCUCUUCUCUAGCGCCCACGGACUUCAGUGGGAUUUGUAGCUGCUCAGCACCUCUGAAAAUCAAGCCAUGACUCACAUCUCUACUUGUAGCUCUGUUUUUAAAAAACUAUGGAGUGGGUAAUUAGAUCUUAACAGAUAUCAGAAGCUAAACAGGGUCAGACUUGGCAUUAUAUUGAUGUAUAAUUUUGUAAGAGGAUCAGAUGCAAUAGGAAGUGAAUAUUAAGAUUUUAAUUUAAGGUUUAAAUCGUUAACAGAGGGUGAACUUAAGUAACUGUCACUAACUUGUACAUUGUUUCUAACAUGCUUAGAGACCCGUGUCAAUGAAAUGUUAUAUUCAUGUUAUACCUUUAACUUCUCGUUUAAGAAUGGGUUCAUUUUCAUUUCCAUUCAGAGAGCUGUGGCUUUGCUGAGGUUCCAAGUUUUAUUCAGAUGACAUGGGACCUGAUCCUGAAAUGCUGAGCACCUGCUCCUCCAUUGAAAUAUAUGGGAGGUAAGUGCUCAGUGGGUCUCAGGAUUAGGCUCAGAAUAACCACAGCUACACUCUCUUUUUUGCUCAGUGCAGGAAGGAUGCAAGAGCUAAAGCAGGUUCCCUAUUGUCAUUGGUUAAGCAGUGCAGAAAUGCCUGAGCUUAUUUAAUUGUCACAAAUGCUGCACACUCCUAAUGUCAGGUGUAAAAAAAAAAAAAAAAAAGCCUUUCCCACUACUGAACAGAAAAGGAAACCCAAGGUCAGGCUUAACUGGGUUGGGAAAUCAGAAUGAUGGGUGUGGGGCGUCCAUUAUCAAAAAGUGUGCUACAAAAUUACAGUGAAUUUUAAAUGUAGUGAGCAAUGAUGAAAUUCACCAGAAAUGACCACCAUAUUUUUUCAGUUUCAGAUAAUGUCAGCAGCCUACACUUUGACUGAGAUCACUACAGCUCCUCAGCAUGUGGCUCUGCCUAAUAAUUCUGCCUUACCCGUACAAAGGUUUGAGGGGGAGGAUGCUGAGGAAGUCUCCUUAUAGCUAACUCUUCCGUUCAGUCUACUGCACACCCACAUAAAGAGGAGGCAGAAUCUGGCCAGCACUAAGAUUCAAUGAAGUUUAUAGUACUCUCUAUAGUAGUAACUCCUCAACGUAAGUAAGGGUGGCAGAAUUAAGCACUUAAUUUCUUACAUGCCAGAUCUUGCUGCAGCAAUGGUGGUCCUAACAUUUGCAUGGGAAUUUAAUUUUCACUACUAUGUAGGGUCUGUUUUUUUAUGUUUAGCAUCAUUAGUUUCUGAUAACCCAUAAUCUUCCUAAUACAUUGUACUAACAUCAAAGAUUGUCUUCUCACAAAUCUUUGCUAAAUUAACCAAGGCUGAAAACAUUUUACUGUGGUUCAAGGUAUGAAUGAUUAUGAUCUGCCUACAGUCAGCCUGUUAAAUUCAGGAUUUAUUUGUUUCUGGAGAGCUAGGUUUUGCUGCAGACACAGCCUGUUUAUCUUGCAUGGCCUUAGUACAGGGUUGUAUAACUUGCAUCCGAUAAAGUGAGCUGUAGCUCACGAAAGCUUAUGCUUAAAUAAAUUUGUUAGUCUCUCAGGUG